CGAGACACUGUCGUUGUGUUCCACUCUCGCGAAGUUGGAAGAGAACAUAGCGGCUUGCGCACGUCUGAGGAAUCCGCGGAUUGAAUACCAUCGUGAUUAAUCUCAAAAUGGCAAGAWUACUAGUUCUCUUCAUGUGCUUGGCAGUCCUUCAUGUCRCAGUAGCGCAAGAUAAUAAAACUGACCCUUCCAAAGGUAUGAGUGUUACUUGCACCAGUGAGUACAUUGAAGCUGUUAUAGAUACRAGUGUCCAUAAAGAUCUCCAGCCUGACCGCCUAACCUUGGAAGACAAGAGCUGCACGCUUACCAAAACUGAAGGCACUUUGGUUUACUUCAGGACGGCUCUUGACGGCUGCGGCACGAAGCACAACACAACAGAUGAUGACAUUGUUUACUAUAAUUCCAUCUUUGGCGAGACCAAUGCCGGCUCUAACAGCGCCAAGAUUUCACGUAAACAUCAAGCGGAAUACCCUUUCAAGUGCACGUUCCCUCGCUCGAAAAUCUUGUCCGUUGUGAACUUCUCUCCAAGAAGAAAGGUCAUUUACAGCAGAACAGCGGACUAUGGAAAUUUCACUUUCGAAAUGGAUCUCUAUAAGAGUGACAAGUAUGAGGAGGCCUACGAGGAUUACCCYAUCGAUGUUGCAUUGAACAGCUGGCUCUAUGUGCAGACCAGUGUCAGCUCCAACGACUCCAAACUAGCUCUCUUCAAUGAAAAAUGYUGGGCUACUCCAUCAAGCGAUUCGGGUGACAAGGAACAAUUCGUUUUCAUCGACAAAGGCUGUCAGAAGGAAAAGAAAGAAGACAUGGAAUACGACUUCAAGAAGAAUAAACCCGARCAGCAGUUUCAAUUGAAAGCUUUCCGUUUCUUGACUGGCUCAGGCAACACAGUGUACCUUCAUUGCCGAGUUGAAGUUUGCCGAGAGGGAGACAAAGAUUCCGGUUGUUCCAAGGGCUGCGAGGGAGUGGACCGACGUCGUAGACGAUCUCUCGUUACCGAUGCUUCCAGUGAGGUUCUAACCGUUGGAGUUGUGAAGGUCGUCAAAGGAUCCAACGCACAAUCCGCUUCAGCAGGAAACGCUUCUUCUCUGACGACCAUCAGCAUUGUCGCUGGAAUCCUAGGCGUGCUUGUAGUAGCACUGGUAGCYGUUCUAGCAGUUGUUUACAAGAGACGCCAGGCAGUUCCAGUUAACGCGACAUUCAAGAAGGUCGCUGGAAACGACGGCGACCARCUCAUGGCUUGAUAACUCGCCAUCCUAUAACCUUUCAUAUUUAGUGACAUUACCUACUGGAAGUCUUAAUUUAGGGCUAUUUAGUAUUAGCUUAGCAGAACUCUAAAGAACCCAUCCAAAAGCGAGCCUUUUGCAGUUGUGUUGAUAAUUCACAAGGCAUAUCAAGGCUGAAGGAUGGAUUAUUAGAGGACAAAAUUGCAAAAUGGCACUUUUAGAUAUGUAUCUCUUGAGCAUAAUAUUAGGAUUUUUAAACUUAUAAAGUGUUUUUUCUAAYGUUUUAGUAACAUUUUGAACUUUAUUAGAGUUUACUUUUGUAGAAUAAAUCKUUGUGUACAGCGGCAAACCAAAUCAAAAGAAACUCGCGCAUCUAGUUGRAGUUUGAUGUGCUUUGUUGCCUGCACACAAAUGAAACGUCGUGAUAAUUACCAUAUUUUUUUAGCUUUCUUAGUAAUUUGAACUUGUAACUUUUGUACGAAAACAUUCUGAAUAAAAGAUUUUUUUUUGUUUGGAUAA